ACAUCAAAUUUUCUUCACAUUCUCGUUAAAAAAAACCUUCCCAAUUCCUUCUUGAUCAUAUAUAUUAGUUUCCCCUAAAAGAUGAGUCAAGACGGUUCUUUAGGAACCUCCAUGCAUGGAGUCACCGGCAGAGAACAAACCUUUGCUUUUUCAGUUCAGUCAACUGAAACUGAAGCUCCUACCAAUUUUGCAUUACCAGUAGAUUCAGAGCACAGAGCCAAAAUCUUCAAACCAACAUCGUUCGCAAAUCCCCACAUGAGAGCAUUCCAUUUAUCAUGGGCCUCAUUUUUCAUCAGCUUCAUCUCAACUUUCGCCGCCGCACCACUCGUCCCGAUCAUCAGAGACAAUCUCAACCUAACCAAAUCCGACAUCGGCAACGCCGGUGUAGCCUCCGUUUCCGGCAGUAUAUUAUCCAGACUGGCCAUGGGUGCAAUCUGUGACCUGAUCGGACCAAGAUACGGAACUUCGUUUCUCUUAAUGUUGUCUGCACCAGCAGUUUUUUGCAUGGCAUUUGUGUCGGAUGCACAAGGGUAUUUAGUUGUUAGGUUCAUGAUAGGGUUUUGUUUGGCUACGUUUGUUUCAUGUCAGUAUUGGACGACGAUGAUGUUUAACGGUAAGAUCAUUGGGCUUGUAAACGGUUGUGCCGGUGGAUGGGGUGAUAUGGGCGGUGGUGUAACUCAGCUUUUGAUGCCGUUAGUGUUUCAUGUAAUAAAAUUAUGUGGUGCGACGCCGUUUACUGCUUGGAGAAUUGCCUUUUUCAUUCCCGGGUGUUUUCAUGUUGUUAUGGGGAUUUUGGUUUUGAUUCUCGGACAAGAUCUGCCUGAUGGGAACCUUAGUGUUUUGCAGAAAAAAGGUCAUGUUGCUAAAGAUAACUUCACCAAGGUCAUGAAGUAUGCCAUCACAAACUACAGAACAUGGAUAUUUUUCCUGCUUUAUGGGUUUUCUAUGGGUAUCCAAUUGACUACCACCAACAUCAUCACUGAAUAUUUCUAUGACAGGUUCAACCUGAAGCUCCACACAGCAGGAGUUAUAGCAGCAACUUUUGGGCUAACCAACAUCUUCGCUAGACCAUUCGGUGGCUACGCAUCCGAUCUAACAGCUCGACGUUUUGGCAUGAGAGGCAGAUUAUGGACCCUAUGGUUCCUCCAAACAUUCGGAGCCGUUUUUUGCAUAUGGCUCGGCCGAGCAAAUUCACUUCCUAUAGCAAUUCUUGCAAUGCUUCUAUCAUCAAUGGGUAUUCAAGCCGCCUGUGGAGCCACUUAUGGAAUAGUUCCAUUUGUUUCGCGUCGAUCUUUAGGCAUAUUAUCCGGUCUAACCGGUGCAGGAGGCAAUUUUGGUUCCGGGUUGAAUCAGUUAGUGUUUUUUUCGAGCUCAAGAUUUUCUACAGCAACAGGUUUAUCUCUUAUGGGUAUGUUGGCGGUUAUUUGUACUCUUUCGGUAUCAUUAAUUCAUUUUCCGCAAUGGGGAAGUAUGUUCCUUCCAGCAUCGAAAAGCCCGGAAAAGAACUCUGAAAAGUCCUAUUACGAGGCGGAGUGGAGCGAGGAGGAGAUGCAAAAGGGUAUGCAUGAAGGAAGCAUGAAAUUCGCCGAAAAUAGCCGAUCCGAAAGAGGUAGAAAGAGUGCUCUUGCUCCGGCAGCUACUCCUCCAAAUGCUACCCCAAUCAAUAAUGUUUAGUAAACUAUCAAUUUUCAUGUGUGGAAUAAAUUAAUUAAGGCAGUAUCUUAUUUUAUAUAGUACUACGUGUGCAUGUAUAUAUGUUGAAUAUUAAUAAUCUAUGUAUUAUUGCAAAUUUUGUUAAUUUAUGAUAUUAUUUUCCUUGUUUUA